CGCUGCGUCUGUGAAUUUGACAGUCAAAAUUGGCCUUUUUUAUGUAAAAAUAUAGUCGAAUAGAUAAAAUUAAGUUUGAAUGGAUCAGGAAUCGUACGAGGUGCCAAAGAGGAAGAUGAAUACGAAGUUCGGUUUCACCUACGUCGAGCUCGUCAAUUUAUUUUCCGUAUUGAAUUGAAAAACUGUGAACUCUUCCCCCAUCCUUUCACGCAAAGUACAAAAAAGCUAAACUGCAAUAAUGGUCCUACCUUGCGAUUGGCAGACUACAACACAAAAAAUAGCUCAACGAGGCCAAUAUCUAUUAGAAACAGGACAAUGGUCAGACUGCAAAUUUAUUGUAGGUCAAGAGCCCCACCAACAAAUAGUAGAAGGGCACAAAGUUUUUCUUGCCAUGUCAAGUCCAGUAUUUGAGGCAAUGUUUUAUGGAACCAUGGCUGAAAAGAGUGAUCCAAUUCCAAUAAGAGAUGUCCAACCUGAAGCUUUCAAAGCUCUAAUGGAGUACAUCUACACUGAUAGAGUGGAUCUUGGAUCUUUUGAACUAGCUUGUGAAUUGUGUUACUGUGCAAAAAAAUACAUGUUACCUUUUCUAGUUGAAGAAUGCACAAAGUUUCUAUGGUGCGAUCUCUCACUAAAAAAAGCUUGUAGAGCUUACGAGUUUGCAAAGCUCUUUGAAGAGCCAGUAUUGAUGGAGAAAUGUUUACAAAUAAUUUGCUCCAAAACUGAUGAGAUCUUAAAGGAAUCAAGCUGGGACGAAGUGGAACAAGGCACUGUAUUGACAAUAUUAGAUCAACAGGAAUUGCAAAUAUCUUCAGAGAUUGUUCUGUUCAAUGCGUUAGAAAGAUGGGCAAAGGCUGAGUGCAAUAGAAAAUCAUUAGACCCAUCUGAUCCAAAAGCAUUGAGAUCUGUCAUUGGGAAUGCCUUGACUAAGAUCAGAUUUCUCACACUUACACCACAAGAAUUCGCUGAAGGACCUGGGAAAUCUCCACUUUUAACACAACAAGAAGCUUUUGCCAUUUUAAUGAAUAUAUCUUCCAAUAAAAGUGUGUUCCCAAUGCCAGAAGGAUUUUUUGACACUUGUAUUACAAGAUCUAAAAUGCUAAUAAUUGAAAAUGAUGCUCGAAAAUUCAACUUUAACCCAACAAUAAACAUUCCUCAGAAUAGCUUUCCUAUCUCAGUUCCUUUGUUUUCAAUUGAAUGUGCUAAUGCUAUUGGUAAUCCAUUUAGCAUGCGCGAGCCUAAUUACCCUGUAAUGUUGAGAGAUGAAAGUCAGGAUGUGAACCGAGAUUCUCAAGAGAUACCUAACGAAAUUCUAAUAACGAAUAUCAAAGAUAGACCGAAAUUUUAUUGUACGCGAUCUAUAAUUGAACAAACUAAUUGCCGCAAUUAUGAUGUUAUGGAUUGUUCUGUAACAUUCACGGUAGACAGAAAUGUUUUUGUACUUGGUGUACAAGUACCAUCUCAAAUUCCUGUAUUUAAUUUAUCGGAUGCUGAGUCAUCGAUGGGAAUACCUCAAUUACGAGACAGAACAUAUACAGAAGUCCUUUACGCUCACCUUCUCGAUUCUGAUGGUACUAGAUUAACAUACACACACUAUCGAACAAAAGCUUCAGUAAGGGAUUUAGUAGAAAUUUCAUUUAAUCGACCAGUGUAUAUACAAAAAAACAAGAUUUACAAAGUUGGAGUUGUCUUUAAUAAACCUGGCGCUUACCCAAUUGGAAAUGGCAUUCAGAAAGUCAACUGUGAAAAUGUUUCCUUUACCUUCAAUGUUGGUGUUAAUGGUGUUGAUUACUUGAGAGAUGGACUUAUAAGAUCGAUUGUAUUUACAUAUCGCUAACGAAUAUUUUCUUGAAAAAAAAAGUAACAUUUUUUCAAUCUAUUUGUUUUUGGAAGUCGUAUAAAAAUUGCAGCCGUUAAAUGUAGGUAUAAAUAAUUUGAUGUUUAAUGUAAAUAAUGAAGAAAAUUAACAAUUGAAAAAUUUUUUAUUAUUUCUUCGAAGUAGCGGAAGUUGAAAAAUUAAAUAUAUCUGUAUCAUAGAAUUUCAUCGUAUAUAUAACAUUUUUUAUAUAAAAAAUCUACAUAAAAUUGUAAUUGUACAAAAAGACUCGACUAAUGCGACACGCUAUAGUAGAUGUUUGCGAAUAACACAAGUUGUAAAAAAAAUAUGCAACAAUAUUUGUUUUUUAUUGAAAUAUUAUUUCAAUACUUAAAAAAACGAUUAACAUACAUAUAAAACUUUCUAUAAAAUGUGAACACGGUUUAUAGAACAAUUUUUUAAUUUAUAUCUUUUUAAUUGAUUUCAUAAACAGAUAAGUUCAAAAACUUAUUUGUGUGCGCAAUGAAAAUUAAUAUUUUUCAUCGGAAUAACUUUGUACUGUAUUGUAAAACCAUGUUUAUGAAACAUAAAAAAUAUUGAAUACUUAAAUAAGCUA